CUUCCCAGCUGGUCAGCAACACAUUGCCUGUAGAGCUCCACAGGCCACCCGCAACCUCCCCAUGGAUCUCCUGGGAGCAGCGGCCCUUUUCCUGGUCAUCUGCCUCUCUUGCCUGAUGGUCCUCUCAACAUGGCGGCAGAUGCACCGCAAAAGCCAGAUGCCACCUGGACCAACUCCCCUCCCCUUCAUCGGGAACCUGCUCCAAGUCAACACAAGUGAUAUGUACCAUUCACUCAUGAAGAUUCAUGAGAAAUAUGGUCCUGUCUUCACCAUCCACUUAGGGCCCCGCCGUGCUGUGGUCUUGUGCGGAUACGAUGCCGUGAAGGAGGCCCUGGUGGAUCAGGAUGAAGAUUUCAGUGACCGUGGAGAACAAGCCACGUUGGACUGGUUUUUCCAGGGUUACGGGGUUGGCUUCAGUAACGGGGAACGGGAAAAACAGCUACAGCGCUUCUCCAUCACGACGCUGAGGAAUUUUGGGAUGGGAAAGAGAUCCAUUGAAGAGCGGAUCCUGGAGGAAGCCCAUUUCCUGCUGGAAUCCCUGAGGGAAACAAAAAGUGCACCCUUUGACCCCACCUACAUCCUGAGCCGCUCUGUGUCUAACGUCAUCAGCUCCAUCAUCUUUGGCAACCGCUUUGAAUAUAAAGAUGAGGAAUUCCUCUCCUUGCUCACCACUAUGCAGGAAACCUACCAGUUUGUUUCCAGCUCUUGGGGACAGCUCUACGAAAUGUUCUCGGGUAUCAUGCAGCACCUGCCUGGCCCACAAGAGAAAGCCUUCAAGAAGCUCUUGCUCAUGAAAGAGUUCUUUGUGAGGAAGAUAAAAGCCAACAAGGAGACCCUGGACCCCAACAACCCUCGGGAUUUCAUUGAUUGCUUCCUAGUGAAAAUGCAGCAGGAAAAGGAAAACCCAAACACAGAGUUCUUCCAAGAGAAUCUUGUUAUGACGGCCCUCAAUGUCUUUUUCGCGGGCACAGAAACGGUCAGCACCACCUUGCGCUAUGGCUUCCUGCUUCUACUGAAAUACCCAGAGAUCGAAGAGAAAGUCCACGAAGAGAUUGAACGUGUGAUUGGCCUGAAUCGCAUUCCCAACAUGGAUGACCGUCCCCUGAUGCCCUAUACGGAUGCUGUGAUCCACGAGAUCCAGAGAUUCUCAGAUCUGGUCCCAACAGGCGUAGUAAGACGUGUGACCCGUGAUACCCAGUUCCGGGGAUACACCAUUCCCAAGGGGACUGAAGUGUUUCCCAUGCUCGGGUCUGUGCUGAAAGACCCCAGACAUUUUGCAAGACCAGAUGUGUUUGACCCCCAACAUUUCCUGGAUGAGAAUGGGCAGUUCAAGAGGAAUAAGGCUUUUAUGCCUUUCUCUGCUGGGAAGCGCUAUUGCUUUGGAGAACAUCUGGCCCGAACGGAACUUUUCCUCUUCUUCACCAGCAUCCUGCAGAACUUCCGCUUCAAAUCUCCCGUCCCUCCUGAAAAGAUUGACAUCUCUCCCAUGCUGGUUGGCUUUUUCAAUGUCCCACGUUUUUAUGAAAUGUGUGCCAUUCCCCUCUGAAGGUGGUCAGGUGUCUUGGAGAAGCAGAGUCCCAUUGUCACCUACCUUGGCCACCCGACUGACCAAAGAGGGGACAUUCUUCAACAUGUAAAGGGCCAGAGCAGGUUAACCAUCCUAUGCCCUCAUCCUUUCUUUUGAAGCUCCUCCAUUAUCUCUGUUUCCAUUUGUGGAAUUUCCUUCCUCUGCCAUGGUUGUAGAAUACAUCUAACAUUACAGUCAU